AUGGCAGGCAUGAUCUCGGCCGCCAAUCUUGGCGGCAUCGCCGAUCCUCGUAUCGGUCAUGAAGCUGAUAUCAUCGGCACUGAAGAAGAACACCACACCUCCAAGACCGCUGGAGAUAUUCCUCCGAACUAUGACGGUCCCAACGAACACCAUAAUAUCCCGGCUCCCAUCCUGGCUGGAAAGGAUUCCAUCUACUUGGAUCCCAGCAUUACUUUCGAGAACUACGUCUUCUGGGCCAACCGGUCUCGUGAAUACGAGAAAACCAUUCGCACUGAUGACAAGGGCUUUGCAGCAUGGGCCAGCAUGCUCAUGGGCAAGAAGAAGAGUCCCAUUGAAUCACAAGACGCCACGCCACCAACCCCUUCAGAGAACGCAAAUGAAAAGGAGAAUUCUGAUGAGAAGAAGACCGAAACCGACCCUGCAGAUAUGACCGUGAAAAAUGAAGCGACCGACAACUACGGUGUUACCGAGACCGAAUGGGAACAGGCUCAGAGAGCAGCUCGUACUGCUACCUGGGGUUCAAUCUUCUAUCUGAUUACCACUGAUAUUUUGGGCCCUACUAACGUUCCCUGGGCCAUUAGUCGCAUGGGCUAUGGACCGGGUUUCGCUUUGUACACUGUUUUCGGUAUCAUGGCUGCUUAUUCUGGUAUGCAGCUGUGGAAAAUCUUUGUCGGCCUGGACUCCACCCGCUUCCCCAUGCGCAACUAUGGCGACAUGGCCUUCCGCGUUUUCGGCAGCUCCGCCCGUAUUGUCGUCAACGUUCUUCAGAGCUUCCAGUUCUUCUUGAACGUGUCUCUGUUGAUCACCAGUAACGGACAGGGUUUGGCACAGAUGGUGGAGGGCGAAAAUGGCAAGGGCUUCCUCUGUUUCAUCGUCGCCGAGGUCAUCUUCAUGGUCAUCGGCUUUGUUCUCGGUCAAAUUCGUACUCUGCAGCGUCUGUCCUUCCUUGCCAACAUCGCUAUUUGGUUGAACGUUAUCGUUAUCAUCAUGACCAUGGCGGUUGUUCACCAAUACCCUCCGAACUAUGCCGCCGUGCAAGCCAGUUACCCUACAAUUAAGAAGGGUCCAGUCGUGACCAGCGCCAACUGGCCUGCCAGCUCUACCCUGAAUGACAAGGUCAAUGCUAUGAUGAACGCUGUCUUCGCCUACGGUGGUGCGACCCUGUUUAACGAGCUCAUGGCCGAGAUGCGCCGUCCCUACGAUUUCUGGAAGGGAUUCAUCUGUGCCGAGAUCUUCAUCUACGCCUGCUAUCUGAUCAUGGGCAUGGUCGUCUACAGCGCCCAGGGUCAGUUCACCUUCAACCCUGCCUACCAGGGAAUCCCCGACUCGGCCUACCGUUUCCAGACUCUUGGAAACGCCAUCUCCUUCAUCACCGGUGUCAUUGCGGCCCUGCUCUACGGAAACAUCGGUAUCAAGGUCUUCUACUCCUCCGUUCUUCGUGACGUCUUCCACUUCCCCCACUGGACAGCCGCAUCGGCAAGUGGCUCUGGGUCGGUCUCGAUCCAAAAUAUACUAACAACCGCAGUCCCGAUCUACUGGGUUCUCGCCUGGAUCAUCGCCGCCGCCAUCCCCCAAAUCUCCAACCUUACAUCUUUCGUCGGUGCUGCUUGCAUCUUGCAAUUCUCCUACACAUUCCCGCCCAUGCUCCUUGUCGGCUACAAUGUGCAGAGGGACGCAAUGCUCCCCGAGGAGCGCUUCAACCCGCAAACUGGCCAAGCCGAGCGCGUGGACAGCGGUGUCAAGCGCUGGAUCCGCGGCUACAAGAAGAAGUUCGUGUGGAACACCUUCGAUAUCAUUUACUCCGCUGCUGCUCUGUCGUGUGCUGGCCUGGGUAUCUGGGCCUCUGUCGUGGCGAUGCACACCGAUUUCGCGGAGUCUGCUCUUACGCCCUUCACUUGUGCCAAUCCUGCUGGUUAA